AAACAGUAGCUGCGAGCUGAGAGCCGAGAGCCGAAACCAGGUAACGACACCGAUAAGACGUGAUUAACAAUUACUCGAUCAAACGCACCGCUCCCGCCGAGUGGGAGGGUGGGUGUUUGGGUGGUUGUGGCUGUGAGAGGGCUGGUGGAGGAACCGUGAUUUAUACGACGGUCGGGAUCGGAUCGCCGAUUGGGUGUCCCGGCCAGACUGAGACGCCCGGUGUCGAGCUGUCGUUGUCUGCAAUUGGAAAUCGAAAUCGAGUGGAGUGGAGUGCCAUCGAGCCACUGGAGCGCCCACCAACCACCACUCGCUUAUCAAUCGAUGGUCGGUAGCAGGGCUUUAUCUAUCCUCCCAGGCCCGGGCCCGGCAUAUCUACAUACCGCUCGAUUAUUGUUAAUAUUGAUAUCUACCCAUUAGCACAACAUUAUAGGUACAAUCUAUUAUAUUCUGUGAAAUCAGAUUUGGUACAAUUUAUUGCGCCCUGGGCUCUGCGACAACUUCUUUAGCCGCCGGUUGCCAUUAGUUCAUCGCCUGCGGCCAACGCAGUCGCUUCGAUCGCUCCGGAAUCGAGUCGCUAACGUUUUUGACGCUGAUCAAGUUUGCCACUCGGAGGAACCAACAUGGAUAUUGGCACCAAGUCGAGCAAGGCCGCCUUCUCCAUAGAGAAUAUCUUGGAGCAGAAGACGAGAACAACAACACGGAGUCCGGCUAUCGAAACACCCCAUCGAACCCAGUCGCGUCGGGGCUCCUCCCAGAGUCCAGUGGCUGGAGCGGCAGGAAUACCUUCUCCACCAGCACUGGCCAUGCCCAAGGCAGCCCUGGCCACCGCAUCCGCAUCCACCGCCAAUAUUUAUGAUCUGUCCCGCGAGGCGGCCGCCACCCAGUAUGCGCUCAAGAAUCUGGACUCAAGUACGGUGCUGGCGCCCACCUCGCUGCGAUUCAACCCCAUCUAUCCGGAUCCCGCCUCGCUGUUCUACCAGCAGGUGCUCAACCUCCAGAAGAACCCCUCGCUCUUCAUGCCCCACUUCCAGGCAGCCGCAGUGGCCGCCGCAGCCGCCGUCCAGCCGACAGCCUAUUGUGAUCAAUACAGUCCUUUCGCCAUGGACUGCGAAGGCUUUCCAAAUCCGGCAACCGCUGCUGCCGCUCUCUACUGCAAUGCCUAUCCGGCGGCCAGCUUCUACAUGUCCAACUUCGGCGUGAAGCGAAAGGGCGGCCAGAUACGGUUCACCUCCCAGCAAACAAAAAAUCUCGAGGGCCGCUUUGCCAAUUCAAAGUAUCUUUCGCCGGAGGAACGUCGGCACUUGGCGCUCCAAUUGAAACUGACCGAUCGCCAGGUCAAGACUUGGUUUCAAAACAGGAGAGCCAAGUGGCGACGUGCAAAUCUCAGCAAGCGCAGUGCCUCCGUCCAAGGAGCAGUGGCCACGGCAGGAUCCCCCGCCUCAGGUUCCAAUAGUAGUGCACCCGUCCUGAAUCUGGGCAGCGGGAGCAGGAGUGGCCAGCAGAGCGACGAGGAGGAUCGCAUGUAUCUAUCCGAGGACGAUGAGGAGGAAGACGAAGAGGAGGAGACGGAGGAGACCCCCAAGUGAAGCCAGGAGAUUGCCCACUUACUCAUAAGAUAGUUCAGCUUGUAGUUAGGUUAAAUAAAUUU